AUGCCUCCAGAAGAAAAACCAACCGUCGCGGCGACGUCCUACGACCCCGAGGCCGGCGAUGUCAAAACCGGCACGCUGCAGGCCAUGGUCGCGCGCGACCUGCUCGACGAGCGGUACGCGAUGACGCAGCGCGGGCUGAAAAACCGACAUGUGCAGAUGAUGGCGCUGGGGGGCACCAUCGGGACGGGUCUGUUCGUGGGCUCGGGACAGGCGCUGGCCAUCGGGGGCCCGUUGUCGCUGUUGCUCGGCUACCUGUUCAUCUCGGUGAUGGUGUAUGCGCUCGUCUCGGGCAUGGCGGAGAUCGGGGCGUAUCUGCCCGUGCACGGCGGCACCAUGAGCUACCACGGGUUCCGGUAUGUGUCGCGCAGUAUCGGCUUUGCCAUGGGCUAUCUGUACUGGUACUCGCUCGGGAUUCUGGUCCCGUAUGAGAUCGUGGCGGCGUCGAUGGUGAUCGACUACUGGCAUCCCGGCGUGCACAUCGCCGUGUGGAUCACCAUCAUGCUGGUGAUCAUCGUGCUGCUGAACUUCAUGCCCGUCGCCGCGUACGGCGAGACCGAGUUCUGGUUCGCCAGCAUCAAGAUCCUGACCCUCAUCGGCCUGCUCAUCCUCUCGUUCAUCCUGUUCUGGGGCGGCGGGCCCAACCGCCAGCGGCUGGGCUUCCACUACUGGAAGGACACGGGCGCGAUGAACGAGUACCUGGCCCAGGGCGCCGCCGGCCGCUUCGUGGGCCUGCUGCAGUGCAUCGUCAAGAGCGCGAUCGCCUUCAUCUUCGCGCCGGAGCUGGUCAUCAUCGCCGGCGGCGAGAUGGAGUCCCCCCGGCGCAACGUGCCCAGCGCCGCCCGCCGCUACAUCUACCGGCUCGUCUUCUUCUACAUCCUCGGCGCGCUGGCCAUCGGCGUCAUCUGCUCGUCGCGCGCGCCCCAGAUCCUCUCCGGCUCCGGCACCGACGCCUCCUCCUCGCCCUGGGUCGCCGCCAUCCACAACGCCGGCAUCCCCGUGCUCGACAGCAUCGUCAACGCCGCCAUCCUCACCUCCGCCUGGUCCGCGGGCAACUCCUUCCUGUACAUGUCGUCGCGGUCGCUCUACUCGCUCGCCGUCUCCGGCAACGCCCCGAGCAUGUUCAAGGCCUGCAACCGCUGGGGCGUGCCGUAUCUGGCCGUCGGCGUCUCCGCCCUGUUCUCCCUGCUCGCCUACCUGGCCAUCGGCAGCGGCAGCAACACCGUCUUCAACUGGCUGAUCAACUUCACCAACACCUCCGGCUUCAUCUCCUGGAUCUGCUGCAGCAUCGUCUACUUCCGCUUCAACAAGGCCGUCCGGGUCCAGGGCAUCGAGAAGCCGUACGCCUCCAAGCUGCAGCCGUACGGCAUGAUCGUGGGCUUCACCGGCGCCGUGCUGAUGACCCUCAUCAACGGCUUCACCGUGUUUUUCCCCGACGAGUGGUCCACCAGCAACUUCUUCACCGCGUACAUCGGCAUCCCGGCCUUCCUGGUGCUGUAUUUCGGCCACCGCCUGGUGUACUGGAGAGAUCCCUGGGCGUGGCCGUCCGAGGAGGUCGACAUGCACACGGGACUGGCGGAGAUUCUGGCGGCGGAGAGGCCAGCGCCGGUGAGAGAUACGUGGUGGAAGAAGCUGAAGUCGGUGAUUGAGUAG